UUGUCCGUAUACUAGGUAUCUAGGUUCAGUAUGUCCCUAGUCGGAACCCGCUGAAAUACACACGAUGCUAUUGGACCACAAACCGAGAUGAACCUGUCAACUCAACCGAGGAACGGAGGUUUUCGAACAAGAAAAUUAAGUUCGCGGGCGACCGCACGCGGUGUCAAUGUCGUCAUGACUCGGUACCAAAGUUUUGACGGGUCGGAUCCCGAGGCAUCUAAGGUUUUACAACUGAAAAGGUAUCUGAGAACGGCGAUGGAGAGAGAACAACCGGCUGCAACAGUGCAGGCAGGGUCGUGGAUUCAUAUAUAUGUAACCAAACUAGAAAAGUCUAAACCCGAACUAAUCCAUCUAACCAGCCCAGUGGAGGAGACAUCAUAGGAAUGUAUGAGUGGAAGAAAACACAGGUUGCAUUGACGCUGCAUUGCAUUGCAUUGCCUAGCAUGCAGGUGCAUGAUUGUCACCAAAAAAUAAGGAAAAUAAAACAGUCUAAAAGUAAAAUCGCAAACAAAAUCGGUCGGCUCGCUGUGACUUUUUUGGCCCAGGAGCGACGAUGGAUAUCAGUAGUCCAAACCC